GUAUUAACUGCCCUAGGAAGAGUUUAAUGCCUACUCAGUUUUGGCCACAGCAAAGGAAGGUGAGCCCAAACCACUGCAGGAAUUACCAUUUUCCCUUGAGCAAUAGGCUGAAAUACCUGCUGACAAGUGUUUGAGUAAGAGACAUUUGGCCUCAUAAUGUCUCUUUGUGCAUCUUCUCACAAGGAGUUUUCUCAGCUGCUUCCCAUUCAAGAUAUUGGGUGUAACAAAGCCGAGAUCAAAAGUUCACCAUCUGGCCUUAGUUCUCCUGCUCCCUACAACUGCAGCCAGACUGUUCUGGAGCACAGUCCUCUUUAUAUUCCUUCAUCUUAUGUUGAAGGCUGCCAUGAGUAUUCAGCGAUGGCCUUCUAUAGUCCCACUGUGAUGAACUACAGUAUUCCUAGCAAUGCCAAUGACUCGGAAGGUGGAGCCGUCAGACAGACAACCAGCCCCAGUAUAUUGUGGCCAACUGCUGGACACCUUUCACCUUUAACCCUGCACUGCCAGUCAUCACUUUUAUAUGCAGAACCCCCAAAAGGCUCCUGGUGUGAAGCUAGAGCAGUGGAACAUGUGUUGCCUGUGAGCAGAGAGACAAUGAAAAGAAAAGUUAAUGGGAACAGUUGUAACAGCCCCAGUAUCAGUAGCCCAGGCUCAAAGAGGGAUGCCCACUUCUGUGCUGUCUGCAGUGAUUAUGCUUCUGGUUACCACUAUGGUGUGUGGUCGUGUGAGGGAUGUAAGGCAUUCUUUAAAAGGAGCAUUCAAGGACAUAAUGAUUAUAUUUGUCCAGCUACAAAUCAAUGCACGAUUGAUAAGAAUCGACGCAAAAGUUGCCAGGCUUGUAGACUUCGGAAAUGUUAUGAAGUUGGAAUGAUGAAAUGUGGUUCCCGGAGAGAAAGAUGUGGAUAUCGAGUUAUACGAAGGCAGAGGAAUGCAGAUGAGCAAAUGAAUUAUCUUAGCAAAGCAAAGCAAAACAGUGAAAAUGUAACCCGAGUGAAAGAGCUGCUGAUGAAUGCCCUGAGCCCUGAGCAGUUUGUGCUGUCUCUCCUGGAAGCAGAGCCACCCAAUGUAUUUGUGAGUCGUCCCAACAAACCGUUUACGGAAGCCUCCAUGAUGAUGUCAUUGACCAAGCUGGCUGACAAGGAGCUGGUUCACAUGAUUGGAUGGGCCAAGAAAAUUCCUGGCUUUGUGGAGCUCAGCCUGUACGAUCAAGUGAGGCUUUUAGAAAGCUGCUGGAUGGAAGUGUUAAUGGUGGGGCUGAUGUGGCGAUCAAUUGAUCAUCCUGGCAAACUCAUCUUUGCACCAGACCUUGUUCUGGACAGGGAUGAGGGCAAAUGUGUCGAAGGGAUUUUGGAAAUCUUUGACAUGCUCCUGGCAACAACUUCAAGGUUCCGAGAGUUGAAACUCCAACACAAGGAGUAUCUCUGUGUCAAGGCUAUGAUUCUUCUGAAUUCCAGUAUGUUUCCUUUAGCAGCUGCAACUGAAGAACCCGAGAGUAGCAGGAAGUUACAUCACCUGCUUAAUGCUGUGACUGACGCACUGGUGUGGGUUAUUGCAAAGAGUGGAAUCUCCUCUCAGCAGCAGUCCAUACGUCUGGCUAACCUUUUGAUGCUUCUUUCUCAUGUUAGGCAUGCAAGUAACAAAGGUAUGGAACUGCUCAGCAUGAAAUGCAAAAAUGUGGUCCCUGUCUACGACCUGCUCCUGGAGAUGCUGAAUGCCCACACACUGAGGGGAUAUAAAAAGUCACCGGUCACUGUGUCAGAGUAUGGCCCUGCAGAGCAGAGUGAGAGCAAGGACGGGGGCCCUCAGAACCUGCUGUCUCAGUGAUGCCCUCUUACUCAGAAGGAGUUGGGCUGAAAUUGAGAUGUACAAAAGUGACUGAAACCUGAGCCAAAGUAAAGAGUCCUUUUUUGGUUGUUUGGGUAUCUUGUGAAGCUCAUGAGAGAUGAAGCUCUGUCCAGUGUAUGUAGACUUGCAUCAUCUAUCUUGUUAUUCUGUUGAAGACUCAGUACACAGUUAUGUGACACUGAUGGCCUGUUUAUGAGCACAACUGUGAUUUUUAGGGGCAGGGAUAAGAAAACCAUUGUCUCCAUUGUUAAAUAAUAACCUGGGAUGCAGGGUUUAUAUCUCUUGGGAUCUUGCAGGAUCUUGCACCCUCUACCUCGCCCCCUUUAAAAAUACACACAUAAUAGUUUUGUGAUGAGUGGUGGGAAAGGAGGCUGGAGAGUAGGUAAAAUUAGAGUAUCCCUAGGGGCAGCUAGGUGGCGCAGUGGAUCGAGCACUGGCCCUGG